UAAAACCCCUCUCCAGAGGUUGCUAAUCAGGGGCAGGGCCUCCCCAAAACCCACCACCUCCCGGUCUUCUCGCCGGCGCCGACCAUGGCUGCCGUCCGCGCCGCUGUCGCCGCCUGCCGCCUCACGCGCCGAUUCCUCAGCAGCUCCUCCUCCUCGUCCGCCACCCCCGCCUCCCGUUCCCUCCUCGGCUACUUCCACCACCCCACCUCGACGGCCCGCCCCAUUAUGGUGCGGUCCGCCUCCGCGCCCGUCUUCCAGCCGCUCUCCGCCGGCACCCCGCGCCUGUCCCUCGAUUUCCUCUCCGCCGACGCCGCCACCUCCGGGUUCACCCUCUUCGACUCUCACCACGGGCUCCUGCUCCUCCUCAAGGAAACCGGCGCGGGGCCCCGCUUCCUUGUCUGCGACCCCGUCUCCCGCCGCCACACGCUGCUCCCGUCGCUGCCGGCCGCCGCGUUAUCCGCCGGCGAGUUCCUCGGCGCCGCGAUCCUCUCACGCGCCGCUGGCAGCGGCUUCGAGUUCCGCGCCGUCUGCCUCACCGUCCACGCCGACCGACCGCGCCUCUGGCUCGCGUGGUCCCGCGACGGCGAGGGCAGCUGGCUCGGGCUGCCGCCGUCACGGGACUUCCGCAUCAAGUGGCCUCUCAGCUGGGCGGAGAGCCACUGCGUGCGCGCCGCCGGCAGCCUCUACUGGCACAUCAGCAACAACGACUCCGCGCUCGCGCUGGACCCGAACACAUUGCAGUUUUCCUACCUGCGGGCGCCGCCCCUGGUCUGGGACGACCUCGGGUUUCCCAACUACCGCAUCGGGGAGACGCUGGGUGACGGCCGUCUGUGCUUCGCCGCGCUGGAGAGCCAGGUGCUUCGGCUCUGUGCGCGACGAGCGGGCAGCGUCGACGGGUGGGUGCUGGAGAGAGAGGCGAGCCUGACCGAGGCGUUCGACUCCGUCACGGACCUGCCCAUGGACUGCACUUGGCUCGGCAACAUUGACCCGGGGCGCACUGGCAAGGUGUUCAUCAGAUCGUUUGGACAUGGGCAUUUCUCCUACGAUAUGGACACUGGGAAGUUGGAUCGCCUAACCACAGAUGAUGGCCAGGAGUACGGGCACCCAAUCUUUGCAUACUUCUCUGCCCCAUUUGGUGGUUCCGAUUGAGUUUCAUGUCAUCAGGGGCAGGAUUGCUGGAAGAGGUGUCUUCGAUCUUUCGCCAUCCCUGCAUGUCUAGUCACCAAUCUCAUGCCUCCACCCUGCAUACGAGGAAGCUACGAGUACACCGUCCUGUAGAAGACUGUAUCGUUACUCUCAUCCUGUAUGUUGUUGCGCAGUAAUUGUUGACGCAGAAUUGGCCAACACACAAGCACUAGAACGCGCAGGAUCGCAA